GACUGAGUCAGGAUACCUGGUUGGAUCCACGCCGGUCUGGAUGCACACCAGCACAGAAGAAGCCCUCACGGGAUCUCCAGAGCAACGCUGGCUGUGGCAACUUCUCCUUUCCCUCUCUCCACACCGGCCUAACGACCAGGACCAGGACCAGGACUGGAUCCAGAACCAGGACCAGGACUGGGGCCAGGACAAGCACCAGGACCUGAACCUUGACUGCAGCUGCCAGAAGAGGUGAUGGAGGUACCGCUGGUUAACUUUGAGAACAUGGAUGACGUUGGCAUCCACAUGGGAGACCCCAGUGACUCGGGUUACCCCACCACGCCCACAUCCGAGGCCCCGGACCAGAACCUGGCCACCAACCGCCUCGCGACCCCCCAACAGUCCCCCAGCAGAGGUCGCAGGGGCCCAGAGACCUCGCCCUCGACCCCGCCCACGGUCAGCAACAAGGGCCACUCCAGCUGUGGCAGUCUGAUCUCCAACCUGAAGCUGUUGAUCAACAGCGAGACUUCGCCCACCGACAGUGUCUUCAGCCGGCUGAAGGAAUGUGCCGACAACGAGGACCUGUUUGAGAAACAGCGCGUGGUAAACCCUCCCAACCACAAGGUUCUCAUCAACGUGUCUGGGAUGAAGUAUGAGACACAGAUGAGCACCCUGACUCAAUUUCCAGACACUUUGCUUGGAGAUCCGAUGAAACGGAUGCGGUACUUUGACCCGAUGAGGAACGAGUAUUUCUUCGACCGGAACCGGCCCAGCUUCGACGGAAUCCUCUACUUCUACCAGUCUGGGGGUAAACUCAGACGACCGGCCAACGUCCCCUUGGAUGUUUUCGUAAACGAGAUUGUUUUCUACGAGUUGGGACAUGAGGCCAUGGAGCAGUUCCGCGAGGACGAGGGUUUCGUCAAAGAGCCCGAGGUGCCUUUGCCCACCAACGAGCUUCAUCGUCAGUUCUGGCUCCUGUUUGAGUACCCCGAGAGCUCCAGCGCUGCCCGCACCGUGGCCUUAGUGUCCGUGUUCGUCAUCGUCAUCUCCAUCUUCAUCUUCUGCCUGGAGACUCUGCCAGAGUUCCGCGACGAGCCAGACUACUUCCCGAUCCCGGCCCAGGGCUCCAACAUGUCCCUGCUGCCUCCCAGCGCCGUCCAGAAAAGCGUGCUGGCCUACAUCACCGACCCCUUCUUCAUCGUGGAGACCAUCUGCAUCAUCUGGUUCUGCUUCGAGCUGGGGGUUCGCUUCGUGGUCUGCCCCAGCAAGAGGGAUUUCUUCAACAACAUCAUGAACAUCAUCGACAUCGUCUCCAUUUUUCCUUACUUCGUAACCCUGGUGACGGAGCUGGCGACCACUCCGGACGACGACAUCAACUCCGGCCAGAACAUGUCGCUGGCCAUCCUGCGGAUCAUCCGUCUGGUGAGAGUCUUCCGUAUCUUCAAACUCUCCCGCCACUCCAAGGGGCUUCAGAUUCUGGGUCAGACCCUGAAAGCCAGCAUGAGAGAGCUGGGCCUGCUCAUCUUCUUCCUCUUCAUAGGGGUGAUCCUGUUCUCCAGUGCCAUCUACUUCGCAGAGGUCGACGAACCGCAGACCCAGUUCGUCAGCAUCCCCGACGGAUUCUGGUGGGCCGUGGUGACCAUGACGACAGUCGGCUACGGCGACAUGUGCCCCAUCACCAUGGGGGGCAAGAUGGUGGGCACUCUGUGCGCCAUCGCCGGGGUCCUGACCAUCGCCCUGCCUGUUCCCGUCAUCGUCUCCAACUUUAACUACUUCUACCACCGGGAGACAGAGCAGGAGGAGAAGCAGGUGAUGGAUAUCGCCACUGAAGACGCGCAGAAGUCGGUCGACUCAGCCAACAAGUAUGGCAGCACCCCGUCUCUCAACAAGAGCAACGGGACCUGGCAGAACGAGAAGAGCGUUGUGAACUGAUCCUCCAGGCCUCAGGACAGCCAGGGGCGGGAUAGGACCGCCUCCGUCAAACCUCCGAACAUAUCUGUCAGUCACAUCGAUGUUAAUUGGUAUGAUUUUAUACGCAGCAUCAUUCGUACGUGUAAAAACAGUGUUAUAAUAAUUGCAUUUCAAACUUAACUUUAAAGCAGCAAUUGGUGGUCGUCUGCCCAACUGAUAUGCAUGUGGACGUGUCAAAGUGCAAUUAAGACAACAUAGUGACUAUAAUUCCAUUUUAUGUUAACUUAAACAGGAGGGCUGAGUGGGCUGUUCCUAGCAGAGCUGUAACCAGCAGAAAAAAAAAUAUUUAUUUUCUCAGUAUAACCAGUGUAAUGUAGCAAAGUUAUUUAGUUCUGUUCUUUAUGCUAAAUAUAUUCCCAUUGACUAUGCAGCCACAAGUCACAUAUGUAGAUACAACUAAAAAGUUAACAUCAUACACAUGCUAAAUUUUCACCUUAGUCUGCACUUUCACCGUACUCCGGACAAAGGGAGAGACGGUGGCAUCA